AGCAUUGAUUGUGAUCAGGCGUUUAUUAUAGACUGCCCCGAUCGCUAUAGAUCCACCUCUCCAUCUCGUUUCCAUAAUUGCUUUGGAAACCGAACCGACGCUUAAUUGCUUUUGAAAGUGGAGGCUUAGGUGGGGGAAAAAAAUCGAACUACGUUCCCACAAACAUAGAAAAAUCUUUCAUUCCUUCUAUUUGGUAACGGUCAGGUUGGCGAGAUAAAUCGAGAACGGUAUUUGGGGUAGUGGGUAUGCAUGGGAUAGUAAAAUAAAACAUAAAUCUGUAGAAUCCGUCGCCACUGAAUGUGGAGUGGCCAAAAGAUUUAUUAAUUCGGUCUGACGUGUUUACUGUUUUAUGGGAAAGUUUCUGAUUAUGUUCUUGCCUACUUAGUAUUUUAUAGUGAAGUACUUCAAUAGCAAAUUCCUUAUAUGUCAGAAUCUACUUGCAAGGAUGUAGUGGUUGAAUUGACUCUUAAAAUUAUAUCUUUCAGUCUAUUUUUACUAAUUUUGCUGAAUAAAUUCAUGAAACACAGAAUAACGAGGAUGGAGUUGUAUUACAUACAUUAGACCAAAGGUCUCCAAACUUGGCAACUUUAAGACUUGUGGACUUCAACUCCCAGUUGAAGGGAGUUGAAGUCCACAAGUCUUAAAAUUGCCAAGUUUGGAGACCGCUGUAUUAGAGAAAAUAAAAUGCAAUCACUGCAACAUUUUAUUUCAUUUAUUUUCACAUCACCAUGUUGGAGAAUGAUUCUUUUCACAGUUAGAAAAACAGUAGCAAAUCAACAACAAAACCCCAGAAUGGAGCCAGUUUUGAAAAUCUGAACAGCCAGCAGGCAUCAGAAGAAUUUCAUGCUAAACAAUGAAGAGGAUUGUUCAGUAUUGAUUUAGCACAUGAUCCCAUUAUAGCUUAUUCACCAAAUAUUGAUUUAACGACAUGAUUGACUUGGAUGGCUGACUCCAGAUACUGGAGUUUAUGGUUAUGAUCUAAAAAUGAAGUACCAAUAGCUCAGGGCAAGGGUUUUGUUCUGUUUACUGCUAUAUUUGUAAAUAAAAUGAGUAUUACAAAGUUUUUGGUACUCUAUAUUAAUGAAAACUGAAACAUUUUAACAUUGGGAAAAUUGGACAAAAUGUGUGUUUGGGAUAGUCAUAAGAAGCUGAUCGUUUUUUAUUAUACAAUUAUUUGAGAGAAAAACCUACUUUUUCAAAUUAAAUAAUGUAUUGGUUAGCUGUGCUGUUUUUAGGUUCCCAAAGUGAAAGGCAUGAUAGAUUUCCAUGCUUUGGAGAAAGAGCUGGAAGAAGCUAUUGCCACAGAUGAGAAAUACCAGAGAGAAAAUGAGGCUAAAUUUCGAGCGGUACAUCAGAAAGUAUCAUCUUAUGAAGAAUUCAGAGAUAUUGUUCUAGCCUCCCAUUUGAAACCUCUGGAGAAAAAGGACAAAAUGGGAAGUGGCAGAAAUGUGUUGUGGAACUCCUGUGCAGUUAAAGCAAAACACAAACAAGAGAGUAAGAUAGACUUGCCUCAGGAAUUAGAACACCUGCCUGAGACUUCUGCAGAGUUCUACAGAGAUUGGCGCAGAUGUAUGAAAAACAAUCAGGAUCGCUAUCUCCUCCUCCUCCAACUUGGAUCCCAAAACUUGGGCCGGAUCUUCCAAACAGAUCUUGCUUUUGGCCUCUUAGGUGAAUUUCUAGUGGUGCUGAACCAAAAUGCUUGCAUCAAAGACUACAAUUUUAUCUUGGAUAUCUUGGAGAAUUUAUCAGGCACCAAACGUUUUGGACUAAACAUUGAACUCCUUAGUGAGGCAGAGAAAGAAAACUGCAGGCAGUUAUUUGAAAAAUUGCAAAAAAUAGAAAGUGGCCUUGGCAAUUUUUCUGAAAUCCAACAGAUUCCAAAUGAAGAUGGUACAGAUGCUACUCAAAUCUAUUGUCAAGCAGGUAAAGGAAUUGAAAAAAAAGUGUUAAAACUGAUGAACCUUUACCAAAUCUCCUUGAUCAAUUCUUGAGUAUAUACUAAUGACUAAGAAUGGAAACAUUGUAAUAUAAAGAAAGGUCUAGGUGUCUAUAAGCCUUUUUUAGUAUUUAUUAGAAAAAUAAGAGAAUAUGAAAAAUAGAUAUAUAAUCAGAGAGUGCUCACCUCUUGCUUUUUGUCUCUCUUUGUCAUUAAAAUGUUUUUUGUCAUUAAAAUGUACGAACUUAAACCAUUAUCAGUUUAAAAUUAUGCAUUAUUUGUUUUUUGAGUACUUUUGUCAUACGUCUUACUACACAUCUUUCUUGAUCUUCUGUUUUAGUUAAAUGCUUAGUCCUUGAAGUAUCAAAGGGACCUCUGACAACUCAGAUGUGGGCAUUUUUGAGCAUAUUUAUAUAGAUAUUUUUUUACUAAUAGGUAAGCAUAGCAAGCCACUCAGCUGAAACAGAGACAAGAACUUUUAAUUCAGAUUGAAGAACCUAAAAGCAAGUAUUAACUAUAAAUAUGCUUUUAUUAAGAUAUUUUGAGAGAAUGCAUUUUAUUCUUUACAGCUACACAGUAUCAGUGACAGGGUAUGAUAGAUUGAUUGUCGAUUUCUAGGUGCUCACCAUAGCAAUAAUCCAGUUAACAGCUAAGAAGCAAACUUUUGAGUAGCCGCAAUAUUCUGACAUAUUCCGUUAUAGCAAAAAUAGUGUUGUAUUUCCAGGCUAAUAUUAACUUGAUACUAUAUUAAUUGGGAUUUCAACUAGCUUAGUCUUGAUAGAGAAAAUUUUAAAAACUGUGUUAUUCCCAGCAAAGCAAUAAAGAAAUUUAAGGAAGUUGUUUUGGAUCAUGGUAUUAGAUGGUAUCAGAUGGAACUGUCCUAUACCUACAACCUAUACAGUACUUUCUAAUUAAUCUUUAUCCUAUGUAUGCUCUUUCAUCCUUCUCAUCAGAGGAGCCAUAUAUACCAGAGAGGCCUUGGCAAGUUGAGAGUGCCUAUAUUUUCAUUCAUCUUCAUUACUUUAUUAAAUAUUAA